UCUGUGAAGUGUUGGUUCUCAGAGCUGCUUGCAUCUACAGAACUGGGCUACCUUCAUUCCAAGGAUCUUAGCAAGGAAGAAGGGGAUUUGCUUUUUUUUGCUCCCCUUAAACAUCAUAAUGUCUUCCCCGCUGAAAAUAAAAGAGGAUUUAAGCUCAGAUGAAGAGGGAACUGUGCAUCCUAUCCACUCCCCAGCUGAAGAUCACAAGAUCAAGGUCUCCAGUCUGCCUUUUAGCGUGGAGGCUCUCAUGGCUGAUAAGAGGAUUCCUAAGGAGAUGCCACAUCUACGUGGAUUGGAGGCUCCCGGGGCAAGCAGUACCCCAAGACACCUGCAAGUAGGGUUGGUAAGCAGAGAAAGCCCAAGCCCCCCUGGCAUUACAAGAAGUUUUGAAACCUCUUCUGUGAAAUCAGAGAAUUCCGAAGAUGGGACUGCAUGGGCCAAGGAAGGAGGCAGCUACUCCCCUCCGCCAAGACACCUGAGUCCCACCACCUGCACCCUUAGGAAGCACAAGACCAACAGAAAACCUAGAACGCCAUUUACCACAUCACAACUGCUGGCUCUAGAACGCAAAUUUCGUCAGAAACAGUAUCUCUCCAUCGCAGAAAGAGCUGAAUUCUCCAGUUCUCUAAACCUCACAGAAACCCAAGUCAAAAUCUGGUUCCAAAACCGGAGAGCUAAAGCCAAAAGACUACAAGAAGCUGAACUAGAGAAGCUUAAAAUGGCUGCCAAACCAAUGUUACCCCCUGGUUUUAGUUUACCAUUCCCAAUCAACAAUCCUAUCCAAGCUGCAUCACUGUAUGGCUCUUCUUAUCAGUUCCAUAGACCAAUGCUCCAGAUCCCACCAGUAGGACUAUAUGCUACCCCUGUUGGAUACAGCAUGUAUCACUUAUCUUGAGAAAGAGUCUAGGAUAGGACGGUUUAAUACCCUGAACGCUCCAGAUGGGCAUUUUGUCCACAUUUAUGCACCAAAGAACUGUUUGAACACCCCUAGAUCCCCUGUGAGAUGGGAAUGUACUGUAUAUGCGGACUAGGGUGCUGUUAUCUGGAUCUAACUGCUCCGGUUUUUCGGUAGACUUUGACAUCUCACCAAAAUCUCUGAGACCAUUGAAACAAAUGAUGGCGAAGUUCUAAGGACUGUGGGACAAGUCGGAGAGGGUUGUUAUAUAUGGUCAGAUAGAUAAGUCUAUGUUUAAUUCUCCUUGUAUUUCUUUUUAAAUGUGUAGUAUUACUUUCCAACCAUUCUUAAUUCGGAUGGUCGUCACAAUCCUAUUUUCCUUUAUUCAGAUAAAAUAGAAGCUUAAACAAAUAAGCACAAGACAGAACUGUAUAUAAAAAUUUCACCAAAUAACCAAAGAAGGGGUUAAUGUUCUUUU